CUUCAGAUCAUCAAUAGUCACCCAGGGUUAGAUAACAAGAUCAGCAUGCCAGGCGGUGUAGUUUUUCUCGUUUGCAUUCCUACUGCGAGUUACGAGUACGAAAUUGUCUUUGGGAUUCCUUUGGAAGAUACUAGAAAACUUGAGAAGACAGGAUUGAAGGUGAAGGUGGAUGUCGAUCUACAUCGUACAAGAGGUCAUCUCAUUCCUCUCGAUGGCGAAAUUCAAUCUAAAAGACGUCUUCCAGCUCGAGGAACCGCAGCAUCUCACUUGCGGAAGGAACCAGUAUUCGUUUCGAUGGAAACGGUUCUGGAUGAGUUAUUGAAAAAACUCAGAGUAGAGCACGUAGUAUGGUGCAAAGAUAAAGAAGAUAUGUAUUACGAGGUUAUUUUUCCCGUCCCUGCUGGGGACACCUGCGAAAACUGUAUACAUUGUUUGACAGAAAUGGGAAUAGGACGAAAAAUGAAUUCUAUUGUAAGCGUUAUACCUACGCAAUGUACAUACAGUGCUUUAUCAAGUGGAACAUCAAUGAUCAAGGAUGAUUUUGACGGUGUCAGUGAUGACAGAAAUGCUUGGUCAUCCUUCGUAGAUUCAAUUCGGUCAAAAUUGACAGUGAAACAAGUUGUAGACGGAGUAAGAAGUGGUGGGGAUCUUACCUUUGACUAUAUACUUCUAGUUCUAACAGCCGAUUGUUUGGCAGCUCUUGGAUUGGUCGAAAAUUCAGCGACAAAUGUCGUAGCAGCCAUGUUGGUUUCGCCGUUAAUGGGUCCAGUGAUGUCACUUACUUUUGGAACUAUAAUAGCUGACAGAGAUUUACAAUGCGUUGGAUUGAAAAGUUUACUAUUGGGAAUAUUUCUAUCGAUACUUUUUGGAUUUAUCUUUGGACUGAUUCUUGGGACUACAGAAAUGCCAUGGGGAUAUAAUGACUGGCCGACCGACGAGAUGAAAGGCCGCGGAAAUUAUAGAUCACUAUGGAUGGGAGUACUAUGGGCUUUGCCAUCAGGUACUGGAGUAGCAGUGGCUCUGUUGCAAGGCAGUAAUGGGCCUUUAAUUGGAGUAGCCAUAUCAGCUUCUCUGUUACCACCUGUUGUCAACUGUGGUCUAUUCUGGGCUCUGGGAUGCAUCUGGUUGAUCUACAGCCCCAUAAAAAUGCCACAUAUCAAAGGGGAAUCGUAUACAGACUUCAACAGUUCCUAUACUUACGUUUAUGCAGAAUAUUUGCCUGUUGAAUUUUUUUGCAAUGGUAUAGUAAGUGCAUGCUUGACCUUCAUCAAUGUCAUGUGUAUUUUUAUCACGGCUAUAAUAGUCCUAAAGAUCAAAGAAGUGGCUGCUCCAUACACUUCAACUCCAGAACUGCGUCGCUUCUGGGAACACGAUAUACCGGUAGUGCGCGGUAAGAACAACUCGCGAGCCAACAGUUCCAUGGACUCUAGCUUUUACGAUGCACUGAGUAAACCCAAACAACGAGCUCUGGAGCAGACACUGAACGAGGCUGUACGUGAAGCCAUGGAUGAUGAAACCUUCCGAAAAGUACAGCGUCUUAGUUAUGGUCAACAUGCACCGGAAGAGGUACCCAGAUUAGGUGUACACGGCCAUCCCGGUGGAUCUCGACCUUCCGGUUUACCAAAUACCGGAAAUACCAGCGAAGAGCUAGCAGCCCUCGAUAAACUCAUCACAUACCUUCUGGGACAGCCUAGCGGGAAUAUAGAUUCCUGGCGACGUUCACGAGCUAGUGCCAGAGGAUAUCGUCCUCUGCGACCGACCGGCGAUGUCGGUACCAGCACUGCCGGUAUUAAUGUUGGUACAACACCGUUAUGAAAAGCAUAUACAAUGCACUGUAUACUCGAUACGAUUUAUUUGUGAAAAGUUUGCAAACGCGUAAUGACAAACGUUUCUAUGUACACGAUUUACGCGUGCGUAGUAACUACAUAUACAUGGAUCAUAAAUAUAUAGUAUGUAAUGAA